UUCAGGUACAGGGAGCGACUACAUGUGCUCUUGGAGGAGGAAAGGGGUCAGCGCAGAAAAAGCUGGCAGUUUGGUCUGGUUGCACUGGAGGAGCAGCAGCAGCAGUUAGUGGAGGCCCAGCAAAUCGCCACACAGGCCCUCAGUGAGACAGACCCAUGCAUCUUCAUACACAGGUUCAUGCUGAUUGAACCUAAGAUGAGAGAGGCUGUCACAUGCAUUAUGCCCACCACGAUCCCCUCCAAGGCGUCACUCAACACCAAGCGUCUCCAGACAAGCCUCAAAACCCAAGACUUCCGUUCAGAAAUGACCCGCCUCCUGGAAUCCCUGCAUUUGCUCCUGAACCCCCUGGACCUCAACUUUAACCUCUGCACUGCGCACCCCAGCCUGAUCGUGUCCAAUGACCUGCGCACAGUCAAGUACAGCCCCACCAAGCAGCCAUACUCAGAGCACCCGGAGCGUUUCACAAGCGCGCCUCAGAUUCUCUGCAGCCAGGGGUUCUCCAGUGGGGUGCACGUAUGGAUGGUAGAGGUUGGGCCCAACAGCAUGUGGUCGUUGGGUGUGUGUUACAAGAGUAUCCCUCGCCGUGGUGACCACAGUCGUCUUGGACACAACUCUGUUUCCUGGCGGCUGCAAUGGAAAAACGGCAAGCUGACGGUGUGCCAGUCCUCCUGCAACGUGGCUCUGGGGGAAAUGAGUCAUCCUCCGUUGAGGAUUGAGAUAGCACUGGACUAUGAGGCAGGCACCUUAAUGUUCCACAGCACCAAGGGGCGCAGGGAGCACCUCCACACCUUCAGGGCUGUGUUUAAGGAGCCGGUUUACCCCGUGUUCAGCAUACAUUCAAACACACCAGAGUCCUGGAUCACACUGCACAGCGGGAUGUGAACAUAACUUCUACUGUUUAAUAUUUUCCAUGCGUUUAAUUUAUUUGGGUAUUCAACCAAGUUAAGUGCCUUUGAUUUUUUUCUCUUGUUUUGUACUUACUUCUUUCUUUCAAAUUUCUGUAUUGAAUUUAGGGCUAUCAAGACGAUU